AUGGGCGCGCGUGAGCCGGAAUCGGAGACCUCGUUCACAUGUGCGCUCUGCGGGUUCGAGUCGCGCAUCGACUACAUCGGCAACCGGCCGCCGUGGGCGCCCAGCGUCGUCUUCCGUGAACGGGCUUACAUUUUGCGAGACCCCACGAACGCAGCGACGAACCAUCCGCUGUGCAUCGGCGCCAGUUGCUCCGUGUGGGUUGUUUGCGCCGCGCCGGCGUGCUCGCUCUUCUACACGCGCCGGCUCUGCGUGGCGUGCCAAACUCGGACGGAGAUCCGCCUCGAGCUACCCGCCGAGCUUCGCAAGGGCUGA